UGAGGAUGCGCCGUCGGACAGCUCCUCAAAAAAGUUCAAAUUUAAGUGUUGCAAGUCAAAAUCAACGAACAAUUUGAUUUGUAUCAAGUGCGGAAAUCUAUUUCACUACUCCUGUGUAGAAAGAGAUUUUCCAAAAAUUGGUUUAUCUGGCGAUUCGAGGAUUUCAUGCUGUGGCACCGUGGAAGAAACUACAUGGGAAAACAGGUGGAAAGUUGUGGAGCGGCAGAUGGGUCAAUAUAAUGAAAAGGUCAGUCAAGAAGUUUAUGCUUUAAAAGAGUUGAUCAAAAAUCUUUGUGAAGAAAACAAGAAAUUGGUUAAAAGUAACAAAGAGUUAUCAGUUAGAUUAUCAUCCAUUGAAGAAAAAAUAUCAACAGUAGAUAAGGAUAAAACACAACAAAAAGGAGCGAAAAGAAGACUUAGAAGUGACAGUCAAAACAAUGAGGGCAUUGAAAAUGAAAGGAGUAGUUCAAACAUACUCCAAAUCCAAGAUUUAGAGGUUAUCUCUCAGAACCAGAGAGAAGCAUCAAGGAACACCAAAAAGUACAAUAAUCAGAAACAAAAUCUACAGAUAACAGACAUAAACACUACACAAGUGGCAGAAUUGGAGCGGUUUCAAAGAAUGAAAAUGAACGAAGUAAUCAACUUAACGUCGUACGCAGAUAAAGUUAACGUCAGUGGCCAAAAAGGAGAUGAAAACAAUCAAAGCAAUCAAAGCGAGAAUGAAGUCGGAAAUGGCAAACAGUGGACUACAAUCGUAAGGAGAAGACGGAGCAGUAAUAGUAAGCAAAGUAUCAUCUGCACAGGAUCAAGCGUUCAAUCAGAAAAUGGUAAAAUUAAGGGAGCAAUACGAAAAAAAUGGCUGUACGUCGGGCGUCUCUUUGGAAAGGACAUAUCCCCAGAAGAUCUAAGGGAGUAUAUCGGAGAAACUGAAGAAAAUUCUGUCGAUAUACGAAAGCUUGAAACGAAGGGCCCGAACUCGGCAUUCAGUGUAGGUGUUGGAAAUGAUGAAUUAUUUCACAAAAUAAACUGUCCAACUUACUGGCCAAAAGGUGUAGUCCUGAGACCUUUUAACUUCAAAAAUUUUUUCCAGAAGGUAAAAUAAGCGUAUCAUCGAAGGAACAAGUUACUACAAAGAAUGAAUAUUUUCAAGAUAAAAGAAAUUCAGCACUUAACUCUAUAGUACACCAAAAUGUUCAGUCUUUGGGAAAUUCCGUCGAUCACCUGGAAACUCUCAUUCAUCAAAUAUCCCCUUCGAACAAUGUGAUGGGAAGAAAACGAGCAUGGUGGUUCUGCAAUAUACACUAGAAGUGGACUCAUA